AUGGUUAGAACUAAAGGGUUAGGUCAUGCCUUAGGUAGAGUUAUAGGUAGAGCCCUGGGGAGAGAGGAUAAUCGUCAUUUAGAUGAUGUUCCCGAGCAGCAAAGGUCCACAACAUCCGCAUGUAGGCAACUGGAAGCUGCCGCUGUUGCUGAGGAUGCUCCUCAUGUGGCUGACGUAACUGAAGAUGUAUUCCAACAUGCUGAAGAUGUUGUUGAUGAUGUUGAGGGUUUCCCUGGUGGGCCGCGUGACCCAUCAGUGUUGACUGCCUAUUGUGACCAUGUUGCAAUCAUUGAACGUCCUGAAUUGAAGCUAUCCUUCCAUGGAAAGAAGGUUCAGAAAUUUGGGAGGCCUGCUCCUGAAAUUGAAGGGCUAGUCACUGCCAUAGGAUUAAGUCCUUUGAUCGCAUGUUCAUUGGACAUUGACGAUCAAGGACUUAUAUCGGCUUUUGUGGAGAGGUGGCAUAAGGAAAUGAGCAGUUUCCAUCUUCCUGUUCGAGAGGUGACCAUCACCCUCAAUGCUGUGGCCUCUCUGCUUCAUCUUCCCAUUAUAGGCACAUUCCAUAACUUCGAGACUCUUCAUGUCGACAAAGGGGUCUUGAUGUUGGUGGAGUUACUUGAAGUCUCUGGAGAUGAAGCUAGAGUUGAGACAAUACAAUGUCAUGGGGCAUACUGUUGGAUUUAUGAGCAAUUUCCCUCUAUUGCUGAGGCUUUUACGGACCCAGACUAUGAUGAAUGGUCACCCUGUGCCUGCCAGUGGACUUCUACGAAGGCUUCUAUGAAGUCAUUACUAGCAUUGAUGUAUCGGAGACGUCGAGAUCGACUGACAAUUGCUGAUGUUUGCUGGAUGCCUUAUGAUGACUACUGUGCAGUGCGAGAUUUUGAUCUAAUUUCAUGCCUUUCAGGACAUAUCCAAUGGGGUCCUGUUGUCGUGAUACAUCGAGCAGAGAGGGUGGUGAGGAAAUUUGGGUAUGUUCAGACCAUUCCUCCACACACUCCGGGUUCAAGGUUAUCCUUGGAAGAUAUUGAUGAUAGAUGGAUGCAUUUCUCUGACUAUCUUGCACCAAUGGGGCAGAUUUGUGUUGUGUCAGGACAAUGUGCAUCAGAUUACAUCCACUAG